AUGGCCUCCCUUACUAAAGGGUUGCCUCGUGGCCACGCCUGUGAGGAAGCCGAGUCAACCGAGAGCGAGCAGCAGCAGUCCAAGCACUCAAGAUGGCGUUAUACACUCAUACUAAUUGCGGCGUUCAUGAUCAAUUUCACCGCCUGUGGCCUUCUCUUCGGAUUCGGAAUUUACCAAGCCCUCUACGAGACCAUGGUGUUGGAAGAUGGCACACCGUUCACUGGCGCAUCGUCUGCUGAGAUUGAUUUGAUCGGAACACUCUCCAUCUCUCUGAUGACAAUUGGCGCUCCAUUUGCCGUGGCCUGGGUAAAGAUCUUCAGUCCUCAGGCUAUCGUCUGCGCUGGCGGCUUGUUGUUUGGGCUUGCCUGCGUGUUGGCGAGCUUCGGAAAGUCGCUGUGGCAUUUUCAGCUGUCUCAGGGUUUGCUGCUGGGGAUUGGGACCUGCCUCUCAUUCAUGCCGUCUAUGACCGUUGCUCCAAGCUGGUUUGGGAAGCAUAGGGGACUGGCCAUGGGUCUUAUCUCUGCUGGAACUGGGAUCGGAGGCUUGGUCUGGGCUCCGGUAAUUACAGUUUGUAUCAGAGAAAUGGGCUUCCGUAACACUCUUCGCCUCACGGGGGCACUGGGAACCGCCCUUAUCUGCGCUUCGGGUUCCGCUCUAAGCUGGGAACCUUCGAUGGCUGCCCAUUUGCGGGAAGAAUCCUCGUCGACUUCUCAAACCAAUGCACUCUUUCGGAUCCCGUUCCCGCCCUGGAAGAUAGCCAAGCAACGGAGAUUCAUUGCUCAAGCCUUAGGGGCAGCCUUCCAGAGCGCGGCCUACUACACGCCGGUAUUCUUCAUCGCUUCAUACGCCAAGACACUCGGAUAUACCGACACUGACGGUGCAAACUUUACUGGAGUGAGCAAUGCCUGCAAUGCAAUUGGAAAAAUUGCCAUUGGUUUCGUCGCAGACCGAUUUGGAAGACUCAACGCGUUCUUCUUCACUACAUUGAUCAGCGCCUUUGUGACCUUUGGGCUCUGGGUGUCCAGUACGAUUGUCGGAAUGGACAAUGAAGCCACAGCCAGGUCUCUAUUCAUCAGCUUCACGGCACUAUAUGGGAUCUUCGCCAGUGCGUAUAUUAGCCUCUUCCCACCAGCUCUUGUUGAGUUAUUUGGAGCACAAGAGCUCCCACGUGUUAUUGGCUUCAUGUAUAUGAUGCAAGGAGCAGCAGCCGUGGUCGGCACGCCGGUUGCUGGAGUCUUAGUCCGUGGUCACGGCACAGUUAAGGAUCCGGACAGCUAUUCAAGCAUGGCUAUUUUAGUGGGUGCUUUGUUGCUUGUGGCGACCGGAGCCGUGGCUUGGGUUAGAAUAGAGGUUAUGUGUGACCGCGCUGGUGGCAAAUGGCAGUGGAAGUGGAAAAUGUAG